GCCGGAAGUGGGGUGCGGGUGUGCGCCGCGCGCUGUCAGGGCUCUGGACCGGCUCGAGCUGGCACGUGGGGCGCCGGGCUCCGCGGACUCCCGCGUCCGGAGGGCACCAUGGACGACCAGGAGCUAAUUGAAUACUUCAAGUCUCAGAUGAAGGAGGACCCCGACGUGGCCUCAGCCGUGGCGGCCAUCCGCACCUUGCUGGAGUUCCUCAAGAGAGACAGAGGGGAGACGAUCCAGGGUCUGAGGGCCAACCUCACGAGCGCCAUAGAGACCCUGUGUGGCGUGGACUCGUCGGUGGCCGUGUCCUCCGGCGGGGAGCUCUUCCUUCGCUUCAUCAGCCUCACCUCCCUGGAGUACUCUGAUUACUCCAAGUGUAAGAAGAUCAUGAUUGAGCGGGGGGAGCUCUUCCUCAGGAGAAUAUCACUGUCGCGGAGCAAGAUCGCAGAGCUGUGCCACACCUUCAUCAAGGACGGGGCGCGAAUCCUGACCCAUGCCUACUCCAGGGUGGUGCUGCGGGUCCUGGAGGCAGCCGUGGCAGCCAAGAAGCGCUUCAGUGUCUACAUCACAGAGUCACAGCCGGACCUAUCGGGUAAGAAAAUGGCCAAAGCCCUGUGCCACCUCAACGUCCCUGUCACCGUGGUGCUGGACGCUGCUGUUGGCUAUAUCAUGGAGAAGGUGGAUCUUGUCAUCGUUGGUGCUGAAGGAGUGGUUGAAAACGGAGGGAUCAUCAACAAGAUUGGAACCAAUCAGAUGGCUGUGUGCGCCAAGUCACAGAACAAGCCAUGUUAUGUGGUUGCAGAAAGUUUCAAGUUUGUGCGGCUCUUUCCCCUCAACCAGCAGGACGUCCCGGACCAGUUUAAGUAUAAGGCCGACACGCUGCUCAAGUCCAUGGAGACGGGACGUGACCUCCGAGAGGAGCACCCAUGGGUGGACUACACGCCGCCUGCCCUCAUCACACUGCUGUUCACGGACCUGGGCGUGCUGACGCCAUCAGCUGUCAGCGACGAGCUCAUCAAGCUGUACCUCUGACCUCCAUCCUGCCAACACUGCGUGGCCAUGGCGGCCCUGGACCUGCGUGAGCCAGCUGAAACGGAAUUGUUUCUUAAUGAAGAUGUGUGUACUAAAACUUUAAAGUUAAA